UGAAUCCAUUGAUUUGAUUCUCUUUCUCUCUCAAAGGAUAUUUGCUACCUUUGGAUAAGAGAGAAAGAAAGAGGAGUAAAACAAUGGCAAUGGCAAUGGCAAUGGCGAGUUCUACUUCUGCUAAUAUCACUGUUAUUCAUCGAUGCCUUCCUCCUCCAAACAGAGUAAAAACACUGCGGCUUCGUGUUGUUAACUCAACUCAACACAAUCAAGAACACAAUACCUCACAGUCACAGGAAGAAGCAUCAGUGAAGGUUUCAAGGCGCGUGUGUCUAACGUGCAUGUGUUCGAGUGCAGCUCUGUCUCUAAUUGCAGCUGCACCAAAUUCAACUGCUGCGGCGGGAAUGGAGAAAGCAGUGUGCAGAAACUGCGGCGGAAGUGGUGCCAUCAUCUGUGACAUGUGCGGUGGUACCGGAAAAUGGAAAGCUCUCAACAGGAAACGCGCCAAAGAUGUUUAUGAAUUCACUGAGUGUCCUAAUUGUUACGGUCGAGGAAAGCUUGUGUGUCCAGUUUGCUUAGGAACUGGGUUGCCAAACAAUAAAGGUCUCCUAAGGAGGCCUGAUGCGCGAAAACUACUUGAUAAGAUGUAUAAUGGACGCCUACUUCCAAACUCUUAAGAAAAAUGAGGAAUAUUCAAGGUAAUUCAUGCUUGAAUGAUUGGGAAUUGGCCAAUUGGGAAAUAGUAAUUAAGCCCACCUUCAAACAAACCAAAAGAAAGGCAUAUUGGAUGGCUAUUUGUAACUUGUAAGUCUGUUUUCUUCUUCUUUUUCUAGUGUUAUUGCGAGAUCUGAAUUCAUGACAAUAUCUUGAUAACUUAUUUUACCAAGUGCAUGCUAUUAAUAUUAAGAUAAAAGAUAAGAGCAUGACCAUUCAAGGACGUAAAAAUACAUGUAUAGGACAACAAACCAUUCAUAGUAGAAAUCUAAUUAAGGUGUCUUACACCAUAAAAAAAGAUAUAAAAUAGUUGAUGGGAACAAGCUUCUUAAUGAAAAUCCAUAUCCCGGACCAAUUUGUGAUUAGGACAUAAGUGAACUAGAGGUAGAUGAGGAGCACUUAGAUUUUCGAAGCUUCUUUUCAACGGUGCUCAACUUAUCUUCACUGUUCUUAAGCUCGCGCCCCAUUUGUUUGAGCAUUUUGCGUGUGGAUCGUAUCAUCCCUCGUUUCUCUUUUACAAUCAUUGUGAGUAUAUC